AUGUCCAACCCCAAAGAUAUUGAUCAGUUCGACACUCAAAUCAAGAGAACUAGCGAUAGAUUGCGUGGGGGUUCCAAUUCACCUCCUGAGAUACAGGACAAGGACGCCAGCCCUGACGACAGCACGCCUCAAACCAACACCGGAACAGCUCCUACUUCCUCCACCAACGGGGCGUCAGGCCAAGGGCGCAAAGGAAAAACCACCGGAAAGAAAGGUCCCUCGCCAUCGGGAGCCUUGAAGGACGCAAACCCCGGGACCAGCUCAGCUCCUAAUGCUGGUAGCACCCAAUUGUCGCAAACGGCAACCGUAGGCAACGCCGGAGGAGGCAGCAGUUCAGACCCACCUUCCGCUCCAGGAACCCUAGCCUCAGGAGGUGUGGCACCCGAACCACCUAAAGGGACGUCCGCUGGCGCUCAGGCGAGCGCUCCAGGUGCGCAAGGCAGCAACUUGGCACCUAAUCCACAGCCUCCAACCCAAGUGUCAAACACUACGCAGGCACCAAGCAUUCAAGCGGUCACGGCUGCGACUGCUACACCCUCCGCUCUGAUUGCACCUGAGAUCGUGAAUAAAACUGUGAUGAGCAAUGCACAAUUGACCGGAACUACUAGCCAAGCCGUUCAAGCCAAGUUUAUGGCAGGCACAAACACCAUCCUGUCUCGAAUCGAAGAGUGUUCACCUGACGCAAUCAAAUCCUGGUUGCAAUCUAAAGGUUAUAGCCUGGUCCAAAUAGGUCCAAGUGUUACAUCAACAGAAGUCAGCAAAUCGAAUGAGAAAGACAGUCUGGUCACCGAUUCACCUACAGGCAUCAGGCCCGAACCCUCUAAUGACGGCGCUUCGAGUCGACCCGCGAAUGCUGCUUCGGCUGCACCCUUGGCUGUGCCAACGCCAAAUGCAGUGACCACCGCUCCAUCUGCAGAGGCCAACACCACGCCCUCCCAAACAGAGCAGUCUCGUAAACGUCCCAUCACGUCGUCCUUGGGACCCUUCGACCUUACCACAGAAGAGGAUGAUCCAGAGCCCACGAAAACCACCUCCACUAACGUGGUCAAAUUCAGCGAUGAAGGGAUAGAGGCCCAUGGUCUCGUCGCCCUCCCGAAAUAUUUCGCCCCGAAGAUGGCUGCCCUUAACGCCUACAUCCCCUUAACUGUGUUUAAUCCGCAAUGGUUAAGACAAGAUCUCCUUCAACAAUCUAUUCGUAGCCGUUCAAGUUUCUCUAACCACAACAACUUCUCGAGCUUACCUGUCUACGAAGGCCCAGGUGGUUCCUCCUCCAACACCAAUGAUGAUAGAAGAAACGAUUAUAAGAACCAGCGCUCCAGAAGUCGUCGUGGCAGCUGGAACGGCAGCCGCAACUUCAGAGAUCGUAGCCCUCAGAGGCGUCGAUUCAAUGGCGGAGAAGCUUGGCGUAGAGAUAGCGGCCGUGAAGAUCGUCGGGGUGAUGACAGAGAUAACUCCAAUGCUGCUGGAAAGGCAAAGUAA